UUGUUCUCACUGAAGCAAUGUUUUAGUGCUUACUGUAAUUCCAUGGUUGUUUGUAUAAUUUAAUUCAGAGCCAAGACGACAUGCGGGUUCUCUCUUUGUUUAGACAGCAUGUUAUAUUUAAAGUUCUUGUACAUUUUUAAGGGCUGUUUUGUCAUUUGGGAGAUUUAUUCAGAACCCCGGUACUCUGAACUAACCUCUCACUGACCUAAGAAUCUAAACUCUCCCUGACCUUCGUGUUCACUCAGACUACUGUGCCAGAUUAACUUUUAAAGAUGUAUUUUUACAUUUUACUUCAAGUGCUUAAUAUCUUGCACUUUGUGUAUUUGCGCCUGUUUGUGUGUGUGCUUGUGUGAAGAGAAGUCUAUGGCUCCACUGAAGGUCAAAAUGCCCUAAACAGAGAGAAAGAAGGGAACACAUUGGUGUACAUUAAUGUUCUGUGACGUCCCUAGCUCCAGUGGCAACCGGGGUGAUUUACGUCAGGGGGUCGACCCCUCAGCGGACAGCGGCAGCUUAUCAGAGAGUGUGGUGGACACUGACAAAAUAGGAGCGAAGUCCUCUAAUUAAAUUAGCCUGUUCCCGCUCUAAGCUGAGGCCCCUGAAACCAGGCCCGAGUCAACCCGGUGGCUAAUUGAGAAAGCUGCCCCUCUGGUUCACAUCCCCUGAGUCAUAAGUGCCAAUAAAACAAUGUGGAAGAGCUAAAUCGUCUGGGGGAAAAAACAUGAGAGAAGCUGAAUUGCAUGGAGAUGAUUUGAUAUGGGUCCAGUGCCAACAUUGGGCUACGUGACAUAGAGGGUGUGGUCUUUGUCAGGGUCCCUGACCGCAUCAGGAGUCUCCUUGAGUGGAUCCUCUUUUAUCUGCUUCCCAGCACUGCAAAGCAGCCUGGGAAAGUGCCUCUGCGGCUGGCCGCUGCUCAACGAUCGGAAUUAUUAGAUCACUGUCUCAUUCCUCUUUUGUUCAACCCUCCUGUUAGCACCUCUGCUAGUUAAUGCGCUUGGACACGUUCUACCCUAACCAGGUCAGGUGGGGGUCAAGGAAUGCUUUUUUCCCCCUAACUCCAUUCCUGGACACGCAAAGACUUGUGCUUGAGAUUGGAGAGGUCACGGUUCCUCAUUCCCAUGCCAGCACUAUGCCCACCACCAAGCGCCUCUCCUUCAAGAGUGCCAGCCUUGCCUGGGCCAAGUCCCACUCCAGGACUUCCCAGACAACCACACACGCGCAACUGGAGUCAGGCACAUUGUGAACCCUCUAAGGCGGACGAACGGUUCCAGUAGACAUAGCCCCAAGGUCUGACAAGGUACAGCGACACCUUACAGUGAAACCCAGAUAAUGAACAAGAGGCUCAAAUGACAGAAGAUGAUACUUCGUUCCUCUCCAGUUUCACUCGCAGAGUUUUCGAAGGAUGUACAGGACAACUUGUUCUUCAGGAGAAAUGCUGUCAUUUUUAUACACCCUCAGUUUUAGCUGAUGAAUUGAUGAUGGUGCUCAACGACCAGGGUGUUUCUCAAACAGGGAAGGAGCCCACUGACAAAGGUAAGGUUGGUUCCUACCUCUGAGAGGAUCAUCCACACCCGUUGCCGCAUUCCCUCUGGGAUGUAUCCAACCAGCUCACUUUCAUCCAGCCUUAUUAUCUAAACUGUCCUUGGUUUGCGGCCAGCCUGGUAACCCAACUAGGGUUUAAUAGCGGGAACCAGGUUACUGAGGUUUCCGGCCCAAACCCACUCCUGUUUCCCGGGAUAAAUAACUGAGAAACCGGUAAAUUAUAAUAAAUUAUUUAUAUGAACAGCUUGAAGUGAAAUAGAACUGUUAAAUUAUAUGCAAUGUCCAAAUCUGUCUUUACGGCUUCCUCUGCUCUGCUAUCUGCAUGAUCAAUCAUCAACACUCAGGGUGGGGACAGACAGCGCAUCUCAUAUGGAGUGCAGUUCACAAUGCAUGUAUCAUCUCAUCAGCAGGCCAUCGUUUUGAGGAUGUCCCUGGGGUACGGAGACACCUGGUCAGAAAGAGCACCAAAGGCCAAGUGGUGCAUGUCGGCAAGGACCACAAGGAGCCCUGCACACGCAGCCAAAAAAAGGACCGGACCCCACAUGAGGUGUUUGUGGAGCUGAACGAGCUUAUCAUGGAUAAGAACCAGGAGAUGCAGUGGCGGGAGACGGCCCGUUGGAUUAAGUUUGAGGAGGACGUGGAGGAGGAGACGGACCGCUGGGGCAAACCCCACGUGGCCUCGCUCUCCUUCCGCAGCCUGUUGGAGCUCCGCAAGACCAUCUCCCAUGGGGCGGUGUUGUUGGACCUGGACCAGAAGACCUUGCCUGGCAUUGCCCACCAGGUGGUAGAGCAGAUGAUCAUUUCAGACCAGAUCAAGGCUGAGGACCGCGCAAACGUGCUCCGAGCCCUGCUGCUCAAACACAGUCACCCAAGCGAUGAGAAGGAGCACAGCCACAACCCCUUCCCCAGGAACAUCUCGGCGGCCAGCCUGGGCAACCUGCUGCCCCAGCAACACAGCUCCAACCACAUCCACCAUCCAGAGCCCUCCAUCACAGACCCCCUCAUGGGCUCGGCCAGCACAGGGGAGCAGGAGACACGUAUCGACAUGGAGAAGAACGACCUGCAGCAGAAGGAGUCUACUCCAAAUAUCGGCAUACACAGGUCGAAGUCCAAGCAUGAGCUCAAGCUGCUGGAGAAGAUUCCAGAGAAUGCUGAGGCCACUGUUGUCCUUGUGGGCAGCGUGGACUUCCUGGAGCAGCCCACCAUGGCCUUUGUGCGGCUGCAGGAGGCGGAGGAGCUAGACUCUGUCCUGGAGGUCCCAGUGCCAGUCAGGUUCAUCUUUGUCCUGCUGGGUCCCCCCAGCACCAACAUGGACUACCACCAAAUCGGACGCUCCAUCUCCACACUCAUGUCUGACAAGCACUUCCAUGAGUCGGCCUACCUGGCGGACGACCGCCAGGACCUGCUCAACGCCAUCAACGGCUUCCUGGACUGCAGCAUCGUUCUGCCCCCCUCCGAGAUGGGCGGUGAGGAGCUGCUACGCUCCGUGGCACGCUUCCAGAAGGAGAUGCUUCGCAAGCGGGAGGAGCAAGGAGCCCUGCUGGCCAAGGAGCCCAAGAGCCAGAAGGAAAAAGAGGCCCUCCUCUCGCCCGGGAAGCCGGGAGACGACCCCCUGCAGCGUACUGGACGCCCCUUCGGAGGCUUAAUCCGAGACGUGAAGCGCCGCUACCCAAAGUACGUGAGUGACUUCAAGGACGCGCUGAACGCCCAGUGCGCUGCGGCCAUCAUCUUCAUCUACUUCGCUGCCCUCUCCCCCGCCAUAACCUUCGGAGGCCUCCUGGGUGAGAAGACUGAGGGUCUGAUCGGUGUGUCUGAGCUGAUCGUGGCCACAGCUGUGCAGGGUGUUCUUUUCUGCCUCCUGGGGGCCCAGCCGCUCCUGGUAGUGGGCUUCUCCGGACCCCUGCUCGUCUUUGAAGAGGCCUUCUACUCUUUCUGUAAGGGGAACGGGAUAGAGUACCUGACGGGCCGGGUGUGGAUCGGCUUCUGGCUCAUCAUCAUCGUGGUGACGACAGUGGCCUUGGAAGGUAGCUUCCUGGUCCGCUUUGUCUCACGCUUCACCCAGGAGAUCUUCUCCUUCCUCAUCUCGCUCAUCUUCAUCUUCGAGACCUUCUCCAAGAUAGGCAAGAUUUUCAUGGAGCACCCACUGCAGCGCUGUUACCUUGACAACAGCACGGCGGAGAACGCAACGAUGGAGAAUAGCACCCUGGAGCUAUUGCUUGACAACAGCACUAUUUCGGUGGUGUCGGUGAAGGUCCUAGGGGAACCCAACACAGCACUGCUCUCCCUUGUACUCAUGUCUGGAACCUUCUUCAUUGCAUUCUACCUGCGCAAGUUCAAAAACAGUGCCUUCUUCCCUGGCAAGCUCCGUAGGAUUAUUGGAGAUUUCGGGGUCCCCAUAGCCAUCCUCAUCAUGGUCCUAGUGGACUACAGUAUACGUGACACUUACACACAGAAACUGAGCGUGCCCAGUGGCUUCUCUGUGACCAGUCCUGAGAAGCGUGGCUGGGUGAUCAACCCCCUAGGCAUGUACACCCCGUUCCCCAUCUGGAUGAUGUUUGGCAGUGUGCUGCCCGCCCUGCUGGUCUUCAUCCUCAUCUUCAUGGAGACACAGAUCACCACUCUGAUAGUGAGUAAAAAGGAGCGGAUGCUGGUGAAGGGUUCUGGCUUCCACCUGGACCUGCUGGUGAUCGUAGUGCUGGGCGGCACCUCUGCCCUGCUCGGCCUGCCCUGGAUGGCCGCUGCCACUGUGCGCUCCGUAACGCACGCCAACGCCCUCACCGUCAUGAGUAAGGCUGUCGCCCCCGGCGACAAGCCCCGCAUCCAGGAGGUCAAGGAGCAGCGGGUUACAGGGUUGCUGGUGGCCAUCUUAGUAGGCCUUUCCAUAGUGAUCGGAGACUUGCUGCGUCAGAUCCCCAUCGCUGUGCUGUUUGGCAUCUUCCUCUACAUGGGCGUGAUGUCACUCAAUGGAAUCCAGUUCACCGAGCGCCUAAUGUUACUGCUGAUGCCCCCCAAGUACCACCCCGACCACACCUACGUCCGCAAGGUGAAAACGCUGCGGAUGCACCUGUACACACUGAUCCAGCUGGUGUGUCUGGCGGCGCUGUGGGCCGUCAUGUCAACCGUGGCCUCUCUGGCUUUCCCUUUCGUCCUCAUCCUCACCGUCCCCGUCAAGAUGUUCCUGUUGUCCCGCAUCUUCACCACCCGUGAGAUGCAGUGUCUGGAUGCUGAUGACGCAGAGCCCGUCUUUGACGAGAGAGAGGUCCAUGAUGAAUACUCAGAGAUGCACAUGCCUGUGUGACCCACACCAUCAUAUACCUUCCAACCACUGUAUUCUUCUCUGUGUCCACACCAUUCUGCCAAUCAAUCAACCAGCCAAUGAAAUGCCUGCCCAAAGGAUCCACCAGCAAAGACCUAUAUAUAUAUAUAUAUAUAUAUAUAUAUAUAAUUGACAGAUCCUCUGACCAUCAUUGGGCACUGUUGGUACUGGUUUCCAUUGCUUUAACCACACCUGACCAAAGGGUAAAGAUGUCGCAUGAAGGCUUUGGUCUUCUGAGACCCAGCUCUGUCAUGGAGGGGUUUAAGAUCACUCAUAACCCCCUGUCAAUCUCAUUCACUGGGACAGAGUUCAAUUGGGUGACAUAAGUAGAUUCAACAUUCAGGCGUUCUCAUGAUGACACACAGCUGGAAAUGGGGACACAUUAUAAGGGGGAACUUCCUGUCAUCUGAAGGGGUUAGGGGUCGUAACCCUUCAGAGAGCACUUUGUGGCAUUAGGUAUGAAUACAGACUGAAAGGUCCAAUCGGUUCAGCAUAUUUAUUUUGUUCAUCAUCCAUGUUUUAAAAUAUUUCAACAUAUUUGCCUUUUUUUUGGGGGUUCAGGGG